CGUCGUCUUCUCUCAGGUUCUGUACAAAAUGGCCGUCAGGAAGUCAGCGUGCUGUGGUUUCUCUGCCCUUGAGGUCACGCUGGGCGUCCUCUUCAUCCUGAUGACGAUGGCGUGUGUGGCGCUGAUCACAGUGAUGUUCACCUGGAAGAGUGACGCAGCUCCAGAUCCAACAUCUGGACCAACGCUUCCUCCUCAGAACCAAACUUAUCUGAUCGGAGUGGGUCGAGCCGACUGCACUGGACCACCGGCUGAGAUCCCUCUGAUGGGCUACGCAAACCCUCAGCAGAAGGCUGCAGGCAUUCACACACGCCUGUACAGUCGAGCCUUCAUCAUCGAUGAUGGGGGGCGGAGACUUGUGUUCGUCACCGCAGACGUGGGAAUGAUAUCACAGAGACUUCGGCUGGAGGUGCUGCAGGCGUUGCACCUGAAGUUCGGGGACGUGUAUCGUCAGGAGAACGUGGUUCUCAGUGGAACUCACACUCAUUGUGGACUGGGCGGAUUCUUCCAGUACACGCUGCUUAUGAUCAGCAGCAGCGGUUACAUCAGAGAGUCCAUCAAACCACUAGUGGACGGUAUCGUCAGGAGCGUCGACAUCGCUCAUCGUAACCUGAAACCAGGAAGAAUUUUCAGGAACACAGGAAACAUCGACGACAGCAGCGUCAACAGAAGUCCUCACUCUUACAUGAGAAACCCACAGGACGAGAGACACCGGUACACAGAGAGAAGGGGGGCAUUUUUGUUAAAUCUGUUUUUCUUCUCAUAAAACCACACCAAACCUCAUA